GAUUGCACAACUACAGUCUGGGUAAAGAGAAGGGGGAGAGCCAGCAUUGCUGAUGUCAGCUUGUUCUGGAGACUGGAGAGGGGGCAGGUACGGGGAAGUGCUGAGAAGUGAAUGGCUGUUUGCCGAAUCACACACGACGGCUUCCUACAGCACUGACUGAAGCUGGACCAUCAAUAUGGAGGUGAAAAGUCCCUGCGGUAUCACUACAGCAGGCGGUGCCCUGUUUGAUGCCAGCUCCAAGCAGAGGGCUCAACUGAUCUCCGAGCUGGCCGAGAAACAGCGAGAUCUGCAGGAGUCUCUGCGACAGAAAGUGAAUGAGCUGCGGAGGCUGUGCCUGCAGGAAGCCGAGCUGACGGGACAGGUGCCCCCUGAGUACCCUCUGGAGUAUGGGGAGAGGCCCCCGAACGUCGCAAGGAGACAGAGGGCGUUUAGAAUGAGCGCUGCGGCUGUGAGCAGAGCAGAGGAAGUGCAGCUGGAGCGGCUGGAGAGGGACUUCGCUCUGCAGCUGCAGAUGGCGGAGGCAGCCCGGAAGCUGAGUGUGGCAGCGGAGCAGAGUGCGGAGCUGACUGUGGAGCAGCGCAGGAAGCGGAGGCUCGUUUAUCUGGAUGCUCUGCGCAGGCUUCAGGAGUUAGAGGAGCAAAGUAACAACCUGCGCAGGAAACUGGGUCUGAGACCCACACACAGAGUCCCCCACAGCCUGCUGGAUGAAGCUUACCAGUCGGAGUGCAGCUCAUUAUCAGAGAGCGCUAGUUAUGAUGACGUUCUGGCUUCCAGUAUAAGACCAGCCCAGGGUCGGAUCGGUGAACACUCCCGUGCUAUCUCCAGCAGUCCGGAGAGGAGGGUUGGCUGGAAGGCUUCACCUAUGGAGAUGUACUGUGAGAUUCGCAACCGGAGAAAUUCCAUGGCCAGCGCGGCAAGUCCUACUCGUUCCUUUCCCCGGAGUCUGUCCAGCCUAGAAGGUCGGAGUGUCCCCGCCACGCCCAUACUGAGUCGCAAUGCCUGCAGCAGCUCUGCUCUGAGGUCGGAAGGUUCAGGGUUAUCUCAGAAACAAUGGUCUGGAAGUCAGGACUCUCAGGUGGGCUUCCCCAGUGACCGCACAAUUGUCCAGACCUCGCGGAACAGGCGCAGUAACAGUUCGGAGGCUCUCAUUGAAAGACCUCCUCCCACAGAGACCCAGGGAAAACCUUCCUUCAAAAGUUCCGAAGCUCUGAGCGAGUGGCCCCAGCCAGGAGGGGCGCCAUCACACCACCAACAGAGGGGGGCAAGAUCUCCCGAUCCCAGGACCCCCAGUGGCAACUCUCGACUUCCUUAUGAAGAGAUAUUACUGGAUUACUAUAUGGAGCGCCAGCAACAACAGCAGACACGAGGGUGGGUGGAACCUGAAGGCCACUGGUGGGUGGAACCUGAAGCUCCUUGGUGGGCAGAGCCUGAUGGCAGCAGCCAUUACUCACGAAGAGAUGGCUAUUACGAUGGGUACCCGGGAAGUCCGGCCCUCCGGAGCCGCGCAGAGACCCAGCAGCGCAGGACUGUUGCCCGCAAUAAGUCAUGUGGCCCCCAGUUGACGGACGGUACCCAGUUUCAGCAGCCUUGGCAUUCCGAUGGCUUCCAACAGCGCCCGUCUCCACAGGGCUCCCACCCAGGUCCGCGCUCUAGGAGUCAGCCUCGGGCUCCCCCACCUGAGACAAUGGAGAGGAAUGUGCACAAAGCUUUGGCGCUGGAAGGACUCCGGGACUGGUACCUGCGCAAUUCCGCUGCACCUGCGGGGGUGCAAAGGGGCCCUAUUCCCUCCCACAUGCAGUAUCCGCGAUAUUAUAGCACUGGGUAUCAUGAUGGGCACUACCAGGCCGGAUCCCCUCUUCCGCAUUCUGUCAGUUUUACUGGGGCCCCUCUGCAUGCCAGACACUUCUCAGAAUACCUAGACGAGGAGCAGUAUAGCCAGGCGGGCAUGGCGAACCGGCCGCAGGGUGAGCAGUCCAAUGAGGGCACUCCGCCUGGCACAUUAGUCUGACACUGGAGGAGGACCCAACACUUCGGAACCCCCACUUCACAGCACCAAAUGAAGACGGAUCUUCCAGCAGGAAAAACCCGGGCAUCCGCACCUGAUGGGAUCUUCAGCAAUAAGACGAUCUGUGCGGGGGGGGGGGUUGGAAAAGGAGGACAGGAAUAAGAUACCGGUCAAUGGGCUGUGACUGCUGUUAUUGCCUCUUCAGUCCAUAAGUGCAAUAAGUACCCACCCUUUGUUUGCCCAAACUGGGCAGAACGAUGGGCCGGUCUGCUGCAAGGGCAUUCUUGCUUCCUCCCUAAUGCCAAGUAACCUCCCUGGUGGGGGUGUGUUGUAUAAAUAAUGUUUGUAUGUUUAGAUGAGUUGUGUGUUCUAUUAGUUCGUACACUGGCGUGUCUCCUGCAGCGUUUAGGGGGUUAAAGCGAGAAAAAUGCUAUUUACGAUGUACAGAUACUAAUGCUGCCUAGCCGAGUCUCCGUCUCCCCCCCUCGCUCUCUGUACUUGUCUGACGGGCGAGUCCUGGCCUUCAGGAAACUGACCUUUUAUAUAUGUCACCGCUGGUGGAAUCCUUACCAAGAUCCCUUUUGCCAAACCCGAUGACUCAAUUGAAUGGAAACUGCUCUGCAGCGGUCUUGGAGCCUCUCUCUCUACAAAGCACUGUAUAUUUUGAUAUCCUGUAUUCACACUGAAUGUUUGUAAGUAGGGACCACUGGAGACGGGACUUUAAAGCGGUCGCUGGAGAUUGGGAGGUCAAGCUGGACUUGCCUGCUUUCCGUUGGUUGGGACGAUCUUCGUAGAAGCAACCGACUUUGUAAUCUCUCUUGUGAUUCGUUAAUAUUGUUACUAACGCUAAUCGUGACUGGAUAACACUGUGCAAUAUGUACAAACUCAAAUUUUAUUGGGGGGGGGGGAGGGGCUUUCAUUUG